GUCAAGCUGAAGCAAGAGCCAGUGGACUUGAAUCAGACCAAUGCGACUGGUCUCGGGAAUCUUGAUCAUCUCAAGUUACCGCAGAUCAAGCUCCAAACUUUUGGUGGAAACGUGGAAGAGUGGCUUAGUUUCCGCGAUCUCUUUUCGUCCUUGAUCCAUGGCAAGGCGGAUCUCCUUGAGGUAGAAAAAUUCUACUACCUCAAGGGGUGUCUACAAGGGGAACCGAAGAAUUUGAUUGAUUCUCUCCCGAUCACCAGUGCCAACUACAAUAUCGCUUGGGAUCUCCUACUCAAGCGGUACGACAACAACAAGAAUCUGAAAAAGCUGCAAGUGCAAGCGCUGUUCAAACUUCCCUGUUUGACGAAGGAGUCCUCUUCUGAUCUGCACACACUCGUCGACGGCUUCGAGAGAAUAGUUCAGACCUUGGACAAUAUAGUUCAACCCGCGGAUUAUCGGGAUUUGCUGUUGGUUAAUAUGCUCACUACACGCUUGGAUCCGGUUACGCGUCGUGGAUGGGAGGAGUUUUCGUCCACCAAACAACAAGAUACGGUGGAGAAGUUGAGCGAUUACCUUCAGCGUCGCAUUCGUAUGCUGGAGUCUCUUCCAGUGAAGGCAGCGGAAUCGAGAAGCACUCCCCAGUGGCAACAAGCAGGCAAACCCAAGGCAACCUCCAUGAAGAGCAGCUACAGCACUACUCAGGUAGUAGUAGGACGAUGCAUAGUAUGUGGCGCUAGUCACUUGCUGUUCCAGUGCAGCGUAUUCCAAGCGAUGCCCCAGUUCGAAAGGUAA